GAAAAGAUUUGAUGAGACUGAUGCAUUGGGUUCUAUUAUUUCCUGGUUUCUGGAGGGGAAAAUAGGUGUGGACGCGCUUAAUGCGUGUGUUUCUCGAGUAGAUCGCGUUGUUCGAGUGGGCAUCUUGUUCAAACAAAGACUCAUGUCUGUCUCAAAUUUUAAUGGUAAACAUGCGACGAAAGCGGAAAUCACCACGGGGGACCAAUCUGUCACAACAGAUUUUUUUCAAGCUGAAGUAAACAGAUCAAAACAAUACAGUGAACACACUCACGCAGGAGGAAUGGAAUUGCAAAACAUCAAACUCCUUGACAAGGAAGACGGGGAGAUUUUUCAUGUACCCGAAGAGAAAGCAUGUAUACGCAAAGAAGAAAUUCAAUCUAGCCGUGGUAAUUUUCAAGUUACAUUACAUGGCACCGAAGGUAAACCAGCCAUAGUGACAUUUCACGACAUUGGACAAAAUCACGUUUCGGCCUUUCAGAGUUUCCUAAACUGUCGCGAGAUGACUCCCAUCUUGCAUAGUUUUACGAUCUACCAUAUAGACGCACCGGGACAACACGAAGGAGCUGCCAAACUGCCGGAGACAUAUGUUUAUCCGACUAUGGAUGAAUUGGCUGAAAUGGUCGCCGAUGUGGUGGGCCACUUCAAAUUGAAAUCUUUUGUUGGACUUGGGAUUGGCGCAGGAGCAAAUAUCUUGUGUCGAUAUGGCUUAAAAUACCCGAAAAUUGUCGAUGGGCUUGUACUUCUUAACUGUUUUUCAGGAAAAAGUGGCUGGGUCGAAUGGGGUUAUGAAAAGAUUUCAUCUCAUCAAUUAAAGAAUAAGGGUAUGACGCCCUUCACAGAGGACUAUUUGGUUUGGCAUCAUUUUGGCAAAAGAUCAACUGAGGAAAAUAAGGAUUUGGUUGCAGCCUAUCGUAAUAGUCUUGAAACAUCUUUUAAUCCUUUCAAUCUUGGUUUGUUUGUUGAGUCCUUCAGUAAACGAAGUGAGAUCUACAUGCGUCGUCCUGUGCCUGGGGCUACAUCUAACCCACCUUCAUUGAAAUGUCCCGCGUUGCUUGUUGCUGGUGAUUAUUCACCACAUCUUGAAGAUGUUUUGUACACAAUGUCUCAUCUGGAUCCAGUGUAUUCAUCCUUGAUGGAAGUUGCAGACAGUGGUGGCACACCACUGGAAGAGCAACCAGCUAAAAUGGCCAACGCAUUAAGACUUUUCCUUCAAGGUUUGGGAUUUGUUCCAAGCCUAGUUCCAUUGAAACCGCAAAGGCCUUACGAUCCAAAGGACCAUCAUCCACCUAUAAAAGUGUAAAAAUCUUUCGGUCAGGUAGAAUGUCAAAAGUACAAAGAGAUUUUUCAACAAACAUAAAAUAUGUAUGUAUUUUCUUCAUUUCAUUAAUGAGAUUUUGUCAUCAAUAAGAAAAUUAUAUUUUAAUGUUUGUAAUGCUAAAACUUGUUUGUUUUUAGCAAUCAUUUAUAUUAUUAUCAAGCAAUAAAACUACUAUUAAGAAACAUGAA